CGAGCUGGAACAGAAUGGAGACACAACUGACUCUAGCUGUUCUGUGAUUGGCUGAUCUCUGACAUCAGUGUAAAGAUGGCCCACCUCUUCCUCGCCAGUAAGAUCUCCAUGCUGGACGCCAAGAUACCCCCUCAAAGCGCCAUGAAAACACAGACUCCUGCAGAGAAUCUGAACCAGAACAAGUCCAGAGUCGUGUUGUUGUCUCGCGUCCCGCACGUUAACGAGCUACAGCUAACGGCGGCUACAGGUGGAGCAGAGAUGUCGUGUAAUCGAUGCAUCGUGCCGUUCGGCGUCGUGGUUCUGAUCGCCGGCAUCGUGGUCACGGUGGUGGCGUACACCUUCAACUCCCACGGGUCCAACAUCUCGCUGCUGGGGCUGGUGAUGCUGUCUACUGGACUGUUCCUGCUGGGCUCCAGCGCCCUCUGCUGGAGGCUGAGAGGCAGCAAGAAGACGGACAAGCGCCGCGAGAGCCAGACCGCCCUGCUGGCGAGUCAGGGGUACUGCGUGGCCUGAACACCGUCCGGUUCAGGUGAUUAAC